GCUUUUUUUUUCUGUAACUCUACCAUCCGUAAAAAUGUCUGUCACUUUAGAUCUUCCUUUGGCUCUUCACAUCCUUGACGCCGUUCUCGCCGAAAACAAAUACAUCGCUGCCGAUAAGGCUACCGAAGCUGAUGCUGCUGUCGCUAAGGCUUUAGGUUCUGCUCCUGCUGCUGAAUUUGCUAACGUCAACAAGUGGUACUCCGAAGUCAAGCCUUCUGAUGCUGCUCCUGCCGCUGAAGCUGAUGAAGAUGAUAUCGAUCUCUUCGGUUCUGAUGAUGAAGAAGUUGAUGAAGAAGCCGAAAGAAUCAAGGCUCAACGUCUUGCUGAAUACAAUGCCAAGAAGGCUGCUAAGCCCAAGCCUAUUGCUAAGACUACUGUUACCCUUGACGUUAAGCCUUGGGAUGAUGAAACUCCUAUGGAUAAGUUGACCGAAAGUGUCAAGGCUAUUGCUAUGGAUGGUCUCCUUUGGGGUGGUCACCAACUUGUCCCUAUUGGUUACGGUAUUAAGAAACUUCAAAUCAACUGUGUUGUUGAAGAUGAUAAGGUUAUGAUGGACGACUUGUGUGACGAAAUCACUGCUCUUGAAGAUUAUGUCCAAUCUGUUGAUAUUGCUGCUAUGCAAAAGAUCUAAACUCUUUCAAUUCAUUUUUCAUCGAUAACCAAACAUUUUAAUAAUAAAGUCUGAUAUUAUUCAUUUUUA